ACGAAGAACAGACGUUUCCGGUUGGCGGCAGCUUUUCGCGUGCGUUAAACGCAGACGACAAUAAACUUCUCUUCAGAAGUAGAUUUUGGUUUUCUCGAGUUUGUUUUCUUGUCAGCUGUCGACAUGGUGAAACUGACGGCGGAAUUAAUCGAGCAGGCGGCUCAGUACACGAACCCUGUGCGGGACCGAGAGUUAGAUCUGCGCGGCUAUAAAAUCCCCGUGCUGGAGAAUCUAGGAGCCACACUCGAUCAGUUUGAUACCAUUGAUUUCUCAGACAAUGAGAUCCGAAAGCUGGACGGGUUUCCGCUGCUGAAGAGACUCAAGACACUCAUGAUGAACAAUAACAGAAUUUGCCGAAUUGGAGAAAACCUGGAGCUGUCUUUAACAGACCUGAGGGAGCUGGUUCUCACAAGCAACAACAUCCAAGAGCUGGGCGAUUUGGAUCCUCUGGCAUCGGUGAAAACAUUGACCCUGCUCAGUUUGCUCAGAAAUCCUGUUACCAACAAAAAACAUUACAGAUUGUACGUCAUCAACAAACUUCCGCAGAUCCGCGUACUGGACUUCCAGAAGGUCAAACUUAAGGAACGUCAAGAGGCUGAACAAAUGUUCAAAGGCAAGCGUGGUGCUCAGCUUGCGAAGGAUAUUGCCAAGCGAACCAAAACGUUCACACCGGGAGCUGGACUUCAGGCUGAGAAGAAAACGGGACCUUCGGCUGCUGAUGUUGAAGCUAUCAAGAUUGCUAUUGCUAAUGCCACAUCACUGGCUGAAGUGGAGCGUUUAAAGGGAUUUCUGCAGUCCGGUCAGAUUCCUGGACGAGAAAUGAAAUCAGACGCGGCUAACAUAGUUGAGGAGGAAGAGGAGGAGAUGCAGGAGGAAAUGCAGGAAUCGGUCAUGUAUGGUGAAAUGCAGGCCACGGGAGAGGGAGAGAACGGAGACGGCGAGGACAUGCAGCAAGACAUGAAUGUUAAUGGAUCAUAGUGAUUUUGUUGUUUUCAGAGCUGUGUGAGAAGCAGUACAUGUUUUGGUUGUAUUUUUUUGUAAAUUAAAGUACAUUAAACUUUUUUUUAAUUAAAGUA